AUGCAGCCUUUUCAACACUGCCACGCCCGCCAGAAGCUGACGACGGCAGAGGGGGCGGCCGGGCGCUCGGAGGCGGGCGCCGAGAAGGGCCGCGCGAGGCGCCGCGAGCGCCGCGAGCGCGGGGCAGCCGCGCGCACCACCACCCCCGGCACCCGGGCGCGGCCCGGGCAGAGGCCCGCGGGGGAGGGGAUCUCGGGGCUCGCAGUGCAGCGCACGGGGGUGCGUGGCGCGUGCGCGGUCACGGAGAGGGCGAACGGGGAGACGACGGCGGCGACGGGCGGGGCACCCGCGGGGGAGUGCGGCAACCGGGGCCACAGUGGGCCCCGGGAGGCCAGCGGAGACCAUCCGGAGGGCAGGAGGGCCCUGCGGCAUGACAGCCGGCAGAGGCCUGCCAGGAUAGUGGCCGUGGCAGUCGCUGCGGCCGUGUGCCUGGCCGCCGCAGCAGCCACCGCAGGGUUCGUGCCCGGCGUCAUGCGCAGCUGCGAGCCGGGGCCGCGCCGGCACCCGCAGGGCCCGCUCGCGGGAGGGCCCAGCACGCCGCCGGGGCAGCCGGGCCAGCCAACCGCGCAGGAAGCGCUCCUGGCCCAUCUCAGACUGGCCGCGGCCGCAUGUGCUGGGCUCCUGAUCUGCCUGUCGGCGGCGCUGCCUGUUGUCGCCGAGACGGUCGGCAAAGGGGAGGCCACGGGCUUCGCAGAGUUUGCAAAGAAGGGUGGCGCCAUGGAAGCGAACCCUGCUUGUUUCGUGACCGACUGCGGGAAGGAGACGAAGGAGUGCUUCGUCGAGAGCGGCCGCUGCCUAAAGGGCGCCCUUUGCCUCGCAAGGUGUCGUGGUGAUCCUGACUGCGCCACUGGGUGUUUCGCAGAGUACGGUUGUCCGAGGCUUGAUAGAUGGCUGAACUGCACGGUAGAGACCAAGCAGUGCGUGAGCGUUCCCGAGGGAACGUACGACGUAAAGAAGUUCUACGAGACUGACGUCCCUGUGAAGCUCAAGGAUUUCGAUGUGGGCAGACUGAAUGGCACAUGGUACAAGGUCCGCGGCUACAACUCGAAGUACGACUGUUACCCUUGCCAGACCAACACGUUCAAGUACGAUGCCGCGUCGAACACGAUGGAGACAGAGGUGAAGCUCCGCCUAGCGAGGCCCAAAUCGGGAGGCUAUUGGGCAAACACGCUGACAGAGAAAAUGAAGGUCUCUGCCGAGACGGACAGGAGCACGCUUCUCGCGAAGGGUGAGAUAUUUGGCUUGACUUUCCAGGAGGAGUGGUACGUCCUCGGGGCGGACGUCGACUUCGUUUUCGUUGCGUACACUGGCAACAACCUGCAGGAUGCCUACAAGGGUGGCUACGUGUACGCGAAAACCCCGACCUUGUUGCCAGAUGUUGAGGAGAAGGCAAAAGCUGUGGCAGAGAAGAACGGCUACGCGUGGUCGAAUUUUUGUGUGAUUGACAACUCUUGCCCAGCACAGGCUGAGGAGGAUUAUUCAAAAGCUGUCAACUUGGGCUGGGAUGACCUGCCUGAUUUGAUCGAAUGGUUUGCGCCUGGCACCACACGGGGUGGCACGAAGAAGGAGGCUAAUUUUACGGGCGAGUAUUGA